AUGGAUCUAGGGCGUGGAAUCCCAAGGAGGAGCGACUGUGGAGCUGCUACUGUUGUGUUAAUGUCAAAUACCGCAAGAAAUUCGGGAAGAAGGUUUUAUCGUUAUGGAGCAAUUUCGGGUGAAAACCAUGUUUUCAAAUGGCUUGAUGAAGCACAUGAUGAAGAGUUUGUAGUUGUGGCAAACAAACUGGUGACAAUGGAGCAAGAUUUUGCCGACAUAAAAGCAGACUUAGCUGAUAUGAAGAACGACAUAAGUGAGAUCGUAGCACUUAUCGAGUGUCUUAGGGUGAAGUGUUAG